CAGGUCCACUACAUCCUCACAAGUUGCAACUACUCACAUUUAUCUUGAUCUUUACCACAAUGGCCAUUGAAACGCUCUCCCCCCGCGACGUCACCGGCACGCUCAGCUACUUCGCGGGCAAAGACGCCUAUUACUACGUCGGCGAGCCGCCCGCGGGCGUGCCUCGGUCGAACAUAGAGGAGAAUCUGAGGCCGUACGAGGUCACGAUUCACGAUACGCGUGGAAAAGAGGACGCGUUCUCGCUCGACACCACGGGGUUCGCGUUUGUUCGCUUGCCGAGCGAGGAGAGGGAGUUCAAAGAUGAGGAGGCGAUCAGGGGCGGGUAUUAUAAGGAGAUCGAGGAGCUGUUGAAGGCGCAGACGGGCGCGAAGAGGGUUUUUGUGUUUGACCACACUGUCAGGCGACCUCCGACGCCAGAGUCUCUGGCUGACAAGAGCUACAGGGGACCUUCGGUAGGCAUAAGUGUUACCUGUAGGUCUGAGGUUGGCGUGAUCACUUACUGCCUGCACUUGCAGCGCUGGGUCCACGGCGAUCAGACAACCCAGGCCGCCAUCCAUCGCGUCUACGAUCACAUGGGUGCCGACGCCGACCGCCUCAUCAAAGGCCGCUGGCGCAUCAUCAACGUCUGGAGACCUAUCGAAAACCCAGUCGCACACGACCCGCUCGUGCUCGGCGACUGGAGGACGCUCAACACCGCCACGGACAUCGCGCCCAUGCGGCUCAUCUACCCGCACAAGGUCGGCGGCACGCUCACCGUGCGGUACAGCGCCGCGCACCGCUUCCACUAUCUCUCGGGGCAGACGCCGGACGAGGUGACGCUGAUCAAGUGCUUCGACUCGCAGGACGGCGUCGCGCGCUUGGCGCCGCACACGUCGUUCAAGGACAAGACGAGUCCAUCGGACGCGCCGCAGAGGCAGUCGAUCGAGGUUAGGGCGUUGGUGUUUGACCUCGAGUGAGCGGGUGAAGGACUUUAUGUUGGCGAGAGAGGACUGGUGCCUGUAGCUGUUUUGAUGAUGCAAUGAAAUGAGAUUCGUGCCGGUUCAGUAUCUCUGAGAUGAACCUAUGUGGAGAUUCUAUGCCAAUUUGAAGGGAAUAUUCGAGACUUGAAGUUUGAUCGGCGUUGCAGUGGAAGGUUAGCGGGGACUCGGCGUGUGGUCGUUGGAUUAUGGAGUGACAGUCGAUGAUUGAGGAUGGCAACGUGGAGCGAGCUAUAAUGCCGUCUGUUGGAAGCGGGCAUUGUGAUAUUGUGACUGUAUCAUGAGGAUACAGAGGUGUUUCAGGUGGUUUUACGCCGAGGGUCUUGCUAGUACCACUUUCACUUAACAGCGCCAGAUGGUCACAAUAGAUCGUCUGUCAAUGUAGAUAUCAUCCGACCUCCAGCCCUCCCUCUCCGCCGCAUCCAGCCACUUCUGACCCUUGCGUCUCGCCGCGUCCAGUGCGACGCGGUGCAGCGGCACGCAGAACGGCCACUCGUGCUCGUCGGAGACA